AGGAGCAAAGAACAAAAAAUUCAACUAACACAUUGAAAGACAACUUGCGCACCAAGAAAAGCCUUAACUUACUAGACUCUAUACCCCUCGCCUCUAUCCAUUUCCACCAUUUUUCUUCAGACAAAGCACCCAAAGCUUGGCGCCAUUCAAAUGCUUUAUAUUCUUCUCUUUUCUUCUUAACCAAUCCUUCCUAAAAAAACCCAACCUAUAUCAAUUACACAUGACUGAUCAGAGAAGAAGUAACCAAAAACAGGGGAGACUCUGUGAUUAUUGCAACCAAUCCAAAGCUCUUUUAUAUUGCAGAGCUGACUCCGCCAAGCUAUGCUUUUCGUGUGACAGGGAAGUUCACUCGGCUAACCAACUAUUCUCUAAGCACUCUCGGUCACAGCUCUGUGACGCUUGUGAUGGUUCCCCUGCUUCCAUCUUUUGCGAAACAGAGCAAUCGGUGUUUUGCUCCAACUGUGAUUGGGAAAGCCACAAGUUUUCGACGUCUUCGUUGCAUAAUAGGAGGCCAAUAGAAGGGUUUACUGGGUGUCCUUCGGUGAAUGAGUUGGUGAGUUUUGUUGGGAUCGAGGAUGUGGGUGAAAAGAAAGGUGGUGAUGAUUGUGGAUAUGAUGAUGGGUGGUUGGAUUUGUUGAGCUGGGAAAAUCCGGUGAUCUCUAGCUUUGAUGAUUUGCUUGUUUCGAGUGAUUCUGAUCAUGGGUUUAAGCCAACUGAUGUUCUUCCUUUGCCCAAGAAUCGUAAUGCUAAUUGUGGACAACAUAAAGAGGAAGUACUUCAUCAACUACGUGAACUAGCAAAAUCUGAACCUACCCUCAGCUUUGAUAAUACUGAUGAUUUGCAGACAGGAACUGUGCAUACAAGUUGCACAAAUGAUACAGCUCCAAUUUCAUUUCCUGCUUAUGAGUCAAGUGCACUACGGUUCUUCGGCGACAACGUUGAGAUGACCGACAAAGUUUUUGUGCCUUUCUCGGAAUUAAGGGGUCAUACUGAGGAAUGUGCUGUGGUUCCUGAUAAACAUCUAGGUUCAAGUAGGACUAUACCUGUGAGUGAUAGUCUUGGGAACCAACAACAUCAAAUUGAUGCUGGAACCGUGUCAGCACUUCCAAAGGUCGCUGUCCACGAGUUAAAUAGCCAGGAAAGAGACUCAGCGAUCUCGCGCUACAAGGAGAAAAGGAAAACAAGGAGAUUCGAUAAGCACAUCAGGUACGAAUCAAGAAAGGUCAGAGCCGAAAGCAGGGCAAGAAUUAAAGGACGUUUUGCGAAGUUGGAGCAUUGAGAUUACUGGUGAACUACUUUUGAGACUGGAAUUGCUAUGAGCAGGGAUCAUUUUUGUAACUAGAUAAUGUUUUCCUUUGUUCAUUCUUUGUUCCUUUGAAGCUAAAAUCUUAGUAAGAUGCAAGGUUUCUUGUAAAAUAUUGAAUUGUAAUACCUAUAAUUACAUCAUGUAGGCUAUUUUUUAACCUUUAAGCUGAUGGUUUGUGCACUGAAAUGCUGAUUAUUGGCCACAGCAGUGAAAGCCCUUAUUUGGAAUCUUGGACUUUUUACAAUCAUGUCAUGCAAAAUAAAACGAUGGUUAGUGAAA